UGAUUUUUGUUUGAUACCAUUUCCUUGAAGUGAAGCAAUUGAUAAAUUUAUUGCGAUUGAGAAUUGGAGAAGAGAAGCAAAAUAAAAGGGAUGCGAGUGGCGCGAGAAGAAGCAAUGGGUGGUGGAAAGCGGAACACGGUGGAGACAUUCUUCUUAGCCACUCUCAUUCUCUGGCUCGCUUCCCUUUGUUUCCAGAUUUUGUUGAACAAGCGCUGGGAGCUUCUCUCUGUCAUCGCGGGUUCUAUCUUCUACCAGACAUCUAACUGCCUCAUCCGAUUCUUCUCCACACAUAAAGACAAAGACGCUCUCUUCGUUAACACCUCCGUCUCUCUUCUCCACUCUCUCCUCACCUCCUCCUCAGUGAUCUUCAUCUUGUUCAGAGAGUUGUUAAGUAAUGGGCCAAGUGGAAUGUCUGACCACUCACAGUUGGUCGAAGAUGCUUGGUCAUGGGCAUUUGAAGCGUUGAGCUUUUCUUGUGGUUACUUUGCAUAUGAUCAGUGGGAUAUGCUUCAUUACCGAUUGUAUAAUGGUUGGAUCCCCUCUAUCCUUGUGCAUCAUCUGGUUCUCCUUAUUUGCUUCACUCUUGCUUUGUAUCGAAAUGUUACCAUCAACUACCUUAUUCUCACUCUUAUCUGUGAGCUGCAUUCCAUCUUUCUUCAUUUGAGAAAAGUGAGACGAAUGGCCGGUAUUCGGGAUGCAAAGAGCAUUCUUGUUAAGUUAGAAUGGUUUUUGAAUUGGGUUACCUUCUUUGUGGCAAGAUCUGUACCUCACGUUCUCAUCACAGCCAAGCUCAUCAAGGAUGCAUACAAAUUUGAAAAGGGUAUGGAGCUACCACUGGCUCUGUUGGGCAUGGCUGGGAUGAAUUUGCUCAACAUUGGUCUUGGCAUUGAUCUCCUUAAAGCUUUUAAGAGAGAGAGGAAGUCUCAGCAGGGUAAUCUUCAUCAUCACCGUGAAUGAUAGAACAGAAAAGUGCAAUACUACUAUGUAAUCUUCACCGAAAGUGAAAAACGGAGGGGAAAUGAUACCACAUGCAUGAAGAGUGAUUGUGUGUAGGAAUAUGUUCGGUCUCUUAUUUUUUCAGAAUACAACACAAAUAGAUUAUUUAUAAUCUCCUCGAGCAAUUAUUUUGAAGCAUCAAGCAUGCUGUAAAAUGCUUUCCAACUCUCUAUAACUUGAAUUUUUUUUUGCUACAUGGGAAAAGAAACCCAUAACAUAAUUUAGACACGCAUGAAAGCAUUGUAAUCGUAAUUUUAUCAUAUCUCACGAGUAAUAGCUAUAUAUACAUUAUUGAA